AUGCAGAGUCCACAUUAUUUGACCGAUAAGGUCGAAUACUAUGGAAACCUGGUCAGUCCGGCCUUAACCACCAAGCUGGCAGAUCUGGAUUUCAAUACCAAACUUUUCGCCGCUGCUCUCCUUGCCGGCGUCACGUCUCAUGUGGGAUAUUUUGUUCGGGGAGAGCAUCAUAGAGGCACAGUGACAAUUGCCAAGACAUAUGUUGCAUUUGAAGUUGCCGUUGCUGGUAUUUUCGUCCUACAGAAUGGCAACGAUGUCAAGACGGCUGCUCUUCAGACGGCUAUCGUUACUGUUGCCUACUUGGUAGGAUUGUUUGGGGCAAUCGGCAUCUAUCGUGGAUUCUUCCACCCUCUUCGUCGGUUCAGCGGCCCAUUUCUGGGCCGAUUCUCCAACUUGUAUCACUCCUCCUUGCUGGGGAACUCUGAUAACUAUCGUGUCAUCGAUAAUCUGCACAAAAAGCAUGGCCAGAUAGUACGAACUGGUCCAUCCAAUUUGAGUCUGAAUGUCCCGGAGGCAGUUCAUCUGAUUUAUGGACCUGAGUCGGCGUGCGGGAAAACUGCAUGGUACGAGGUCUCCCUACCGUUAAUGAACCUCCACACCGUCCGGGACAAGAAACUGCACGAACAACGCCGGAAGGUGUGGGCACGUCCAUUUUCACCCAAGGCAUUGGUCGAAUACGAUGAGCGUAUCGCAGAGUAUUCAGACCUUCUAUGUCGUGAGGUCGUCAGUCUUAAGGGUAAACCUUUUGAUGCAACCCGUUUGUUCAAAUACUAUGCCUGGGAUGUGAUGGGCGAGCUCGGCUUCGGCAAGGGAUUCGACAUGCUCGACAAGGAAACUAAUCGCUGGGUUCCCGAUCUUCUCGAAGAAGGAAUGUCGGAUAUCGCGCAGUUCCAAGUAGUACCUUGGUUGUCAAUUCUUCUCCACAGUCUUCCCUUCGGCCCCCAAGGUCCCAAGAAAUUCGCUUCCUUCUUCACUGAACAAGCUGUGCGUCGUGUUGAACAACCUCCCACUAAGCCCGAUGUGCUCAGAUACCUGGUGGAGCAAUAUAACAAGAGCCCGAAGGGUCCUUCUGACUUCCAAUGGCUGCGCGGCGACACUCGACUUUUCGUCGUGGGCGGAAGUGACACCACCGCAGCGACAUUGACGCAUCUCUUCUAUUACCUUGCAAAAUAUCCAAAGGAGCUCGCUAAGUUGCGCGCAGAAGUUGAACCUCUCCUGAAAGGCCGAACCACGCUGGAUCCCAAGAACGUUGGCGACGCCAAGCACCUCAAUGGUGUCAUUCACGAAACUUUGCGCCUUCACCCUCCCAUGCCCUCUGGCUUCCCGCGACUCACACCGAAAGAGGGGAUUAUGCUGAAUGGCACCUACAUCCCUGGAAACACAACUGUUACCGUACCUCUCUGGGCUAUGGGACGGUGCGAGGAAGUCUACGGACGCGCCCACGAGUUCAUUCCAGAGCGAUGGUACUCGCAGCCAGAACUGAUCAAAGCCAAGAACACGUUCGCCGCAUUUGGCCUCGGUCCAUAUGCAUGCAUCGGCCGAGCAUUGGCGAUGAUGGAAAUGCGAAACGUCAUCUGCCAUAUUCUCUCGCGGUUUGAAAGUAUCGAAAUGGCACCGGGCGAGGAUGGCUCUGCGCUGAUGAAUCUGACCAAAGACCACUUCACAACGGGUAUUCAGUCAUUCAAGAUGGUGUUUAUACCCAAAUAG